AUGGGUAUAUGCCAUAGUGAAGAAGAAAAAGAACAGGGAGUAGUUAACAAAGAAAUUGAAAAAAAACUAAAAGAAAGCAAAAUGUUAGAUGAAAAAACAAUAAAAUUGUUACUUUUAGGUGCUGGAGAGUGCGGGAAAAGUACCGUAAUGAAACAGAUGAAAAUAUUACAUAAUAAUGGUUUUACAGAAGAUGAAUUAAAUCAACAAAAAUCUGUUGUUUAUAGUAAUAUAAUAAAUUCAAUGUUAUUACUUAUAAAAGCAAUGAAUACAUAUAAAGUUGGUUAUUCAAAUAUUCAAAGUGAGGCUGAGGCUCGUGUUAUUUUAGAUGUUGUUAAAAAAAAUGAAGAAUCAGAACCAUUUACUAAAGAAGUAUAUAAUGCUUUAAAAGUUUUAUGGAGUGAUACUUCAAUAAAUACAAUUGUUUAUGAAAAAAGAAAAGAAUUUCAUUUGCAGGAUUCUGCAAAAUAUUUUUUUGAUUCUUUAGAUAGAUUUGCAGAUACUUCAUAUAAACCAACAGAAACAGAUAUUCUUUUAACAAGAAUAAAAACAACUGGAAUAGUUGAAGUAAUAUUUAAAAUAAAAUCUGUUAAUUUCAGAGUUUUUGAUGUUGGAGGUCAAAGAUCAGAACGUAAAAAAUGGAUACACUGUUUUGAAAAUGUAAAUGCCAUAAUUUUUGUUACAGCAGUUUCGGAGUAUGAUGAGGUAUUAUUUGAAGAUGAAACAACUAAUAGAAUGACUGAAUCAAUGAGAUUAUUUGAAUCAAUUUGUAAUUCUCGAUGGUUUAUUACAACAUCAAUGAUAUUAUUUCUUAAUAAAAAAGAUUUAUUUGCUGAAAAAAUUAAAAAAGUAUCGAUUAAAAUUUUAUUCCCUGAAUAUAAUGGUGAACAAAAUUAUGAUGAGUCAAUCGAUUAUAUUAAAACUAAAUUUGAAGAACUUAAUUCAAACCCAAAAAAAGUUAUUUACGUUCAUCAAACAUGUGCAACAGAUACUAAUCAAGUACAAUUAAUAUUAGAUUCAGUUGUUAGUAUGGUUAUUCAAGCGAACCUUCACAAAUCGGGAUUGUAUUAA